ACAACAUAACCUUCAGUAAUUGUUGAUGUUUUUGCAAAGAAAUAAAUAAAGGAGUUUUUAGGAGAUGAAGGCAAUUGUUCAGAGGGUAACUUCAGCUUCUGUGACAGUGGAUCAGGAAGUAAUUAGUGCAAUUGGGAGAGGAUUGUGUGUUCUGGUUGGGAUUUGUAAGGAUGAUACAGCAAAAGAUGUUGAGUACAUAGUGAGGAAACUGCUAAAUAUUCGAUUAUUUGAGGAUACCUCCGGAAAGCGCUGGUCAAAGAGUGUUUUGGAUGAACAAUUGGAGAUUCUCUGUGUGAGCCAAUUCACACUUUAUCACCGUCUGAAAGGCAACAAACCAGACUUCCACUUGGCUAUGCAAGGUACUGAAGCCCAAGACCUAUACAACACCUUCCUCCGGCAACUGGGCCAGAAGUACCAUCCGGACAAAAUUAGAGACGGAAAGUUUGGGGCCUACAUGCAGGUUCAUAUUCAAAACGACGGACCUGUGACCUUAGAAUUGGAUUCAGGAGCCAGCAAAAAUGACAAAACUGAAGAGAUUAAUAAGGAGGAUAAUCCAUAAAAUUAGAUAAUUCAUAUCUUUG